CGCAGUUCAGCCACCGCAGAUGUCCGCGCCUUUUGAUCCAGAGACGGGCCUUUUGACUCCAGUUUAGGUAUAUUUACGGGCUAUGUAGCCUAUGCAUACUCCACUCACUAUUGGCUUUGCGACACAUGUGUGACUCUUCGCCUUUUGCUCUCGUUUCCAUAUAACUCUCCCCCCUCCGGUUUCACCCAUUUUCCAACUCGUUUUGCUAGCUCCUAACCUACAAGUGCCCUGUUUCGUCUCACUCGGAAGUGGUUUCAUACCCGAGGAACUGCUCCUGUGCGUUUGGGCUUUAGACCACCGGUGUCGGACACUUGUCACACUGCUCAAAGAUCCGAGCCGCUCACACAGACAUCCUCCCGCAUGCGCAGUCCGAAUGCUCUACAAAAUCUCCAGGCCAUCCACCUCACGGCUCAACCUCAACCUCAUCUCCUUUCUCCGAUCCGCUAACAUGUCUACCACUACUGCUACCCAGGCGCCCAUUGCGCAGCACGUGGGCAACCUGGCCGCCGUCACUGCCACCACGCGUACAGCCCUCCAUCAUCAUGCUCCCAAGCAUACGCUUCCCAUCGCUCAUGUACCGAACCGUUCUGCUCACAUGGACACCUCCCUCUCCAUACCAGUCCGCAAAUAUCUUCAAACGUAUGGCCUAACUCCUCCUCGUGUGGAAAGUUACGAGGUCCAGAAGCAGAGAUGUUUGGCACAAUUGGCUCUCAAAAGCUCCGACAUUGAAAGGUUUCAAUACUUGAGCGCUGUGAGAUGCAACAAUGUACAUCUAUUUUACAGGCUGUUGACAGAUCAUUUCAGCGAGCUGGCGCCGCUCGUGUACACUCCAACUGUGGGAGAGGCAUGUCAAAGAUGGUCUGAAAUCUUCGUACAGCCCGAGGGCAUGUACCUAAGUUUUGAGGAUCGAGGCCACCUAUCGAGCAUCAUACAAAAUUGGCCUCAGCACAAUGUGGAGAUCACUGUCUUGACAGACGGAUCUCGGAUCCUAGGUUUAGGAGACCUUGGUGUUGGUGGUAUGGGCAUCCCGAUUGGAAAGCUCGCACUCUACACCGGCUGUGCUGGUAUUCGACCAGAAGGUACUCUGCCAUUGACAGUGGACCUGGGAACGAGCAAUAAGGCUUUGCAGCAAGAUCCCCUCUACAUGGGCAGUCGCAGGGACAAAGUGACUGCAGAGGAGGAGAAGGAGUUUCUCGACGAGUUGAUGACAGCGCUGAAAGACAGAUGGCCAGAUAUCGUCAUUCAGUUUGAAGAUUGGAAGAAUCCCUUCCCAUCUCUUGAGCGGUACCGCCAAGACUAUGCCAUGUUCAACGACGAUAUCCAGGGCACAGGCGCUGUGAUCAUGGGUGGUAUCAUCGGUGCUGUCAAACAGUCUGGCGUGGCUCCCAGAGACCACAGAGCGGUCUUUCUAGGCUCAGGCUCUGCUGGUGUUGGCGUCGCCAAACAGAUUGUCGAGUACUUCAUGCAUGAAGGGUUGACCGAGGAGGAGGCCAAGUCCUGCUUCUGGCUUGUGGACAGCAAAGGCCUUGUCACGCAAGACCGAGGCGACAAGCUUGCAGACCACAAGAUCUACUUUUCGAGAACCGACAACAAUGGACAACAGUUCAAGUCUCUAGAUGAGGUGAUCGAGUACGUGAAGCCCACCAUUAUCAUGGGACUCAGCACGAUAGGUGGGGCUUUCACCCCCGAGAUCUUGCAGAAGAUGGGCAAGUGGAACGACAGACCUAUAAUCUUCCCACUAUCCAAUCCGUCUAGCAAAUCUGAAUGUACAUUCGAGGAAGCGAUCACCAACACCGAGGGACGUGCCCUGUUCGCAUCGGGCUCGCCGUUCCACCCCGUCAUGUAUGGUGGCAAGAUGUAUCACCCUGGCCAGGGAAACAACAUGUACGUCUUCCCAGGAAUCGGGUUGGGUACGAUUCUUUCGAAAGCUGUUCAAGUCACGGAGAACAUGAUCUACGCCUCUGGAGAAGCUCUACCAACCAUGAUUACCGAAGAAGAAAAGCAACUUGCACUGCUGUAUCCUUCGAUCACACGCAUUCGCGAUGUCAGUGCCCGUGUUGCAUUAUAUGUCAUUCGUGCUGCACAAAGGGACAAUGUCGACCGAUUACACCAUCUUCGGGAGAUGGAUGAUGCCGCAUUGGAGGCAUGGAUCAAGGACAAGAUGUAUGAUCCCCAUAAGGAGACUGGAGAGCUGGAGAAUGAGGUGCGCGUGCUUGUGGAGGACAUGGCUGCCACUACCGCCUCUCCGAGGUUGUGAGCUGCUUGCCUAUAGGCGUGAAUAUUUGCAGAUACCCUGGUAGCUUGAAUGUUGGGAAUGGCUGGAUCCUUUUCCUUGAGCGUCAAAAUAGAAUUUCUGGUCAACUAUCCAUAGUGCUAGACUGUUAUGAUGGUGCUAAGAUAAAUAAAAGUGUAUUUGUUGAA